UCCCACGAGCCGCUAUGGAAAACGGACAGUCGAAAUCGGACAUGUUCGACCAAUUUCAGUCGUGGGCGCUUCAAAAUUACGGGGACAGUGGCAAGACGAAGACUGUGACGAAGAAAAAACAUGACCGGAUUAUACGACUUCUGAACGGCGAGGAAGCUCCGACGACGGAAAAUGCCAAGUUUCGUUUCUGGGUUAAAGCCAAAGGAUUUAAACUGGGACCUGGUGACGACGCCGACACGGGGAAAGAUUUCCUCUACGUACCAGUGAAAACAACGUCGCACACGGAAGAUUCCAUUGUUAUUGAAAAGGGGUACAAGCGUGUCGCAGUGGUGGAGAAUUUCUUUGAUAUUAUCUACAAUGUGCACGUCGAAAUGGACGGUCGCGGAGGAAAGCAUGCCGGACAGAAGCGAACAUACAAAGCUAUUGCUGAAAAUUACGCUUUUCUUCCACGCGAGGCCGUCACCAGGUUUUUAAUGAGCUGUAAUGAGUGUCAAAAGAGGAUGCACUUGUCUCCCAUAGCAACCAACGACAAUAAUCACAUCCUCGAUGAACCGCCCAUCAUCGAUUAUAGUCUACCAAUCACAACCACAUACCACAUACAGCAACAGAAACGGAAGUUGUCGGCCAGCUUCGAGAAUUCCAUUCAACUUAAAAUGAAAGAUCUCAACACAGUUAUAGAGAGACUGUGA